CCUUCCGCGGGGUUCGGUCCAUCGUUCGCCGUACCACUGUGCCUGGAAUGUACGUUCCCGUACGGGUUGUGCUGGUGACUCCUCUUAUUUUUGUGUGGCUCGCUGUAGAACGGACAGAUAGCCACGCGCAUACGCACACAGACGGAUUGACCAAUUGUUGUUUUUGGUGCUUCGUGCUGGAUGUGGCGGUCGACAUCCUCCAGCCGGGUCGGGUUGGCGGCUGCAACACAGCCCCCCAAAAGCAUCAUCUCCAUCAGCGUGGGCACAUCUGCUUUCUGCUCGUUUGGUGCCUAACAAACCGUACGAACAACAGGGAGGCCACCCAGGCGGCCAAAGAAGUGGUUCCUCGUGGUCUCCGCCAGAAGAGCACGCGAUACUGGCGAGCAGACAAGCGGCAAGCGGCCUGUCCCGCACCAUCGCUGACGGACGCUGGUUCACCCCACCCCAUUCGCUAUUGGUUUCAUCGUUUCGCGCUGUGAGCUGCUGGCACAGAGACCUACGCAAUCAGCACCAGGAACUUGUGGCCAGGAUUAUCGGGAUAGCGCGGUUCUUCGGAAGAUAUUUGUGUCCGUGUGCUUAUGUUACCGUGUGUGUUGGGUGAACAGAUUUUGGCCGGAUUCUCCGUGUACAAUCAACGCGCUGGUUUCAACGCUCCUGGCCACCAGGCCACCAACAAUCAACAUUCGCACACCUCCUUUCUCGCACGCAUUCCGCUAACGCAUCCAUCGGUGACUAUCCUUGCUAACGUAACGUAACGCAUCGUAACGCAAGGUGUUGCGCUGCUUUUAAGAUCCGGUUACGUGGACGAUAGUCACGGCAAUACUGUUUUGAAGUAUGCCUCGCAACAUCUCAUCGAUCUUCCUCUAUCUCUUUGUUUUCUUUUUUUUUUUUUGAGAUAUCGUCCUUUGUUGUUGUACGUGCACAAGCACGCCGGUAACGGCUGUGACGAUGGUGAACAACAAAAGGAAGGAGACUUCAACGACGAACACGAACACGAUGUUCCGGCAGCCCAGCUUGUGUUGCGGCGCUUUUUGACAGUGUCCUUGCGCUCCCUAGGAGCAGGAGCACGUGCCAAACGUCAAACAGGGGUUGCUGGGUAUGGGUGGCUGGACGGUGUACAAGGCAGUGGCCACUGCGCCGGACGUCUGUUGACAUUGUGUGUGCGGCUGUAUGACAUCACGCCCUGCGUUCCUUCUCAUGGUGAUGUUUUGAUCCUUUGCUCCCCUGGUUAGUCAACAUGGCAAGCCUACCCUCAGUAGUCGUAGCAGGUAGGCCCCCCCGGGGUCAACUAUUAUGCAAUAGCGCACACGUUUGGCCCGCAGAGACCGCGGAUUUAGCGCGCCGGCCAGGGCCCUAGUGCAGAUGGGGUCUGGAUUUGAUUGUGUUUUCCUUGGUGUAUACCAGAGACCCAUUUGCUGACAGUUCGGCGCAUAUUGAAGUGAAGGACAUUGCUAACCCUCCUUUAUCCUUCGUUUCCGUCUACAAUAUCCAGUUGCACUACUAACUAAACGAGAGAGUAUCAGCGAGUGACAGGCUCGCUGCCAGCGCAAUGCUACGUGUGGUGCUUUGCUGCAUGCUUCUAGGGUGUCGUCCCUAGUUGUCCGAUGCUCUUGCACGUCCGAACGCUCGCUGGUAAGGCGUCGGUGCGUUGGUGUGUAUAGUCGUUAUGAUUACAGUGGCACAGAGACCUCUGUGAUCGUUGCGGAAAUAAGUGUUAGUGUUUUGUGCGUGUGCGUGCGUGUGUGUGUGUGAGAGUGUAUGUGUGUGUGUGUUUGUGUGUGUGUGUGUGUGUAUGUGUGUGUAUGUAGGUUUGUGUACCCCUGCCUCCGUCGCUCACACCACGUGCAUGUUAAUGCUGGUGCGUCGUGUGCCGGUGCGUCUGAGCUGACGCUGACGUCGGAAGGACACACUGGUACCGAUCAUUCAAUCGACGAGGAAAGGAGCAGAAAGGGCACCCCAGACACUAUCCGGGCGGUCGUGCAACAUUCAACCGUCGGGACCAGGCCUCCAGAACCAGUGAACUGACGACCAACAACAACAACAACCAGCGGUCAGGAUUUGGUACGGUACCAACUCCGGUGCGCUACACAAGACGGAACCGAACAACGGAAGUAGCAGCAGAAGAAGAAGGAGGAGGAGGAGAAGAAGAAGAAGAAGAAGAAGGAAGAAAAAGUAGCAAGUAGCAGUGGUGGAGUAGUAGCGCAUUACGCAGCAAUAGUUGUAAUUAGUAAAACAGUGAAAAGCUCAUCAAACGUGAAAAGAUGGACCACGCGGUACAUGCGGCCCGUGGUCGGCCGUGGAACAAGCUGCGCUUCGAAAACAAUGAGCUCGAGAGCCUGUACCAGCGGUACACGCUCAAACUGCAGCGCUUCUCCGUCACUGGCGUGGUCGCGCUGGUCGUCAUCUUGUGUGGCGUUAUGGGUGGACUGAGCCUCGGCUACAACCAGGCACCGACUCUUCACAAUGUCUUCAACACGUUCAUGUGCCUGCUGUUCACGAUCGUGCUGGGGCUGCUGCAGUUCCGGCUGUUGCGGGACUCCCACCUGCCGUACCUGUGCUACGGCAUCCUGUUCUUCACCGCCGCCUUCUGCUUCAUUUCGAUGCCAACGGUCGGAAUCGUAUUUCCGGUCGAUACGCGCGAGGUGAUGGCCGAGGGUGUCUGGCAGAUCGUGUUCGUCAUCUUCCUGGCGUACGCGAUGAUGCCGCUGCAGAUCUGGGAGGCGGCCCUGUUCGGCCUGAUCCUACCGGUGAUCCAUGUUGGCCUGACGGGCUACAACAUCUACACCGGCAACUUCCAGUACCUCGCCUACCAGCAGCUGGCGGCCAAUACGGUUAUCUUCGUCGGUGUUAACGUGGCCGGCUUCGUGGUGAAUGUGAUGAUGGAGCGGGCGCAACGCCGCGCCUUUCUCGACACGCGCAACUGCAUCGCGGCGCGGCUAGAGAUGGAGGACGAGAACGAGAAGCUGGAGCGGUUGCUGUUGUCGGUGUUACCGCAGCACGUCGCGAUGGAGAUGAAGAACGACAUCCUGUCGCCGGUUGAGGGUCAGUUCCACAAGAUAUACAUCCAGAAGCACGAGAAUGUGAGCAUCCUGUUCGCUGACAUAGUUGGGUUUACCGUGCUAGCGUCGCAGUGCAGCGCGCAGGAAUUGGUUCGCCUGCUAAACGAGCUGUUCGGCCGGUUCGACCAAUUGGCACACGAUAACCACUGCCUGCGCAUCAAAAUCCUCGGCGACUGCUACUACUGUGUGUCGGGCAUACCGGACCCGCGAGCUGACCAUGCACGGUGCGCGGUCGAGAUGGGCCUGGACAUGAUCGACGCGAUCGCGUCAGUCGUCGAGCAGACGGACGUGAUACUGAACAUGCGCGUCGGCAUCCAUUCGGGCCGGGUGCUGUGCGGUGUGCUCGGGCUGCGUAAGUGGCAGUUUGAUGUCUGGUCCAACGAUGUCACGCUCGCGAACCAUAUGGAGAGCGGAGGCGAACCGGGCCGGGUGCAUGUGACCCGCGCCACGCUCGAUGCGCUCGGGGGCGAGUACGAGGUCGAGGCCGGUCACGGUGACACGCGCGACUCCUAUUUACGCGACAACCAGAUCGAUACCUACUUCAUCGUACCACCGGCACACCGUCGAAAGCCACUCAUGUUGAACACGCUCGGAGUGCGAUCGGCACUAGGUGCGGCCAACCGCCGCAAGCUCUCCUUCCGCAACGUAUCGAAUGUGGUGGUGCAGUUACUGCACACAAUCAAGUACUCGGUGCCAGUGCCCUUCUCCCACAUGGCUACCGGUGGCGGUGGUUCACCCUAUCCCAGCACCAGCGGCGGUUCCGGUAGUGGGGGAGGCCCUGGGUGUAGCGCGGCCAGUGAGUCUAGGACCGCUAGCGGAGCGGGCGGCGGUCUAUUCCUGGACAAAAAUGCACGCAAGAACAAGGUGACCGAUAAGUUCAAGCGACCGUUCAAGAAGCGGCACUCGAGCGUGUAUCAUCAGCCGACCAAUCGCGUCAACAAGUUCCUGUCGCAAGCGAUCGAGGCUCGGAGCGUCGACCGGGAGAAGUCGGUACACGUGAAGCGCAUUUCGCUACAAUUUCGUGAGAAGGAGAAGGAGCUGCAGUACCAUCAGGAUUUCGAUCUUGGUUUUACCACCGCCAUGGGGUGCAGUUUGCUGCUGCUGAUCCUCAGUGCCGGGUUACAGAUAUCGGCGUUACCGCGCACUCUCAUCCUGUUGCUGCUGUUCCUGACCGCGUUUGUGUGGAUCAGUGCCAUCCUGAUGCUGCUGCUUGCAGUGCGCCUCAAGUGGAUAUUUUGGGACCUGUCGCAAAGCUUCUCGCUUCGAUUAGCCAUCACCAUCUUUACGAUAGUGCUGCUCUACUCCGUCGGUCAGGUGAACGUGUUCACCUGCCUAUCGGAUCACCCGUGCACAACGAACUUCACCACCAAAAGCGUCCACCUAGAGUCGCCAGCGGCAAGCGAUUUGAUACUAGGAGGAGGAGAACCGUAUAAGGAUGCGACUGCUGUGGCGGGUGAGCAGGGUGGUGUUUGGUCCACUCAGCCACUCAACAACUACAGCCACAGAAAGUGUGCGCUCCCGCAGUAUAUAGCCCUGUCGGCGGCCUACUCCUUCCUAACCGUUUCGAUUUUCCUAAGGCUUCCGAUACUGAUAAAGACACUACUGGUGACGUUGAUGGGCCUGGUGUACUGUCUCUUUAUCGAGCUGUCGCAUGCCAACAUAUUCGAUUGCUACGAUCAGCGCGUCGAGUCAGCGAUCCCGCUGCACACGAUCUCCGUAGCUCGCAUACUCAUUUUCAUGUUUGCAAUACUGGUACACGGUCGGCAAGUCGAAUGGACAGCUCGGCUUGAUUUCCUCUGGCAGCUGCAGGCCUCGCAGGAGAAGAAGGAGAUGUCGGUGCUGCAGCAGUCGAACCGCCGCAUACUGUACAACCUCCUACCGUCGCACGUGGCCGCCCACUUUCUCGACAACCAGUUCACGCGCAGUAAUAUGGCGACGAUGCGACAGGAUCUGUACCACCAGAGCUACAGUAAGGUGGGUGUGAUCUUCUGCAGCGUACCUAACUUCCAUGAGUUCUACACUGAGCUGGAUGGAUCGAACCAGGGCGUCGAGUGUUUGCGACUGUUGAACGAAAUCAUAGCCGACUUCGAUGAGCUGCUGUGUGAGGAGCGAUUCCAGGCGAUCGACAAAAUCAAAACGGUCGGCAGCACGUACAUGGCGGCGGUCGGGCUAAUUCCGGAAUACAAGAUGCUUCCGUCGGAGCCGGGAUCGACACGUAAGCUCAUGACGGCACUGAUCGAUUUCGUGAAGGCGAUGCGCGUUACGUUGAAGAACAUCAACGAGAACUCCUACAACAAUUUCAUGCUGCGAGUGGGCGUGAACAUCGGGCCGGUGGUGGCUGGUGUAAUCGGUGCUCGGAAGCCGCAAUACGACAUCUGGGGCAACACCGUGAACGUAGCAUCGCGCAUGGACUCGACCGGCAUACCAGGCUACACGCAGGUCACGCAGGAGGUAGUCGACAGCUUGCAGGGUUCGCACUUUGAGUUUCGUUGCCGUGGCCAGAUCAAGGUAAAGGGUAAGGGUGACAUGGUGACGUACUUUCUGUGCGAGCAGAAUGAGCAUAUGUUCGGUAGCCUUACCGGUGUUGGUUUGGCAGGAGCGAACGCGGGUCAAUCGGCUAGUGCCGGCAUCAUGCUCGUUGGCGGCACGACGACUCCUGCAGGAUCGUCCGCGAUUGCUACUGCAUCUGGUGCACAGCUUAUGCUGAUCGGCUCGACGGCCACCGGUACCGUCGGCUCGCUGGCGAGAGAAAGGGUCGGUGGUGCGACGUCUAGCACUGUGUCCAUGCACCAGCAGCAUCACUAUGCCGCUGAACCAACAGUACAGCAUAUUUUACACCAUCAUCUGCACAACGGCGGGUCGUCUGGGACGGGUCAGAGCUACUAUCUGGCAGCGCAGCAGAAAAACGAAAACGAUUCGACCGUUGGUAGCAACAAGGCUGGUCCCAAAUGCCAGCCAGUGCACCAAAACGACGGAGGUAGUUACAGCAGCAAGAAGGAAAGCUACAAUUUCCUUGAAAGCCCGAAUCUGUUGCAACACCAGCAGCAACAACAACAGCAUCACCAUCAACAGCAUCUAGCUAUGCAUCAGUUCCAACAGGCGCAAGCAGCACAACAUUCGUUCCACCACAAUGCCUAUCAACAAUCGUCAGCUCAAUUAAUACAACAACAGCUGUUACAGCAGCAGCAUAAUCCUCACCAAAAUAACCCCCCCGGAAAAGUUGUCUACAAGCAGCACAACAACGUCAACAACAAUCACGUUGUAGGCAGUAGUUUUCCUUCCGGUGGUCCCCAAUACAUUAAGCGACAUCCAAGCGAUGCGUCGAACCAUUAUAACCAGCAUCAGCAGCAGUAUCAUAGGCAGCAGGUGCCUAGCGGCCAGCUUGCAGCCAGCUACAACAGUCGUGAGAACUUUAACAUCAUUGAGAAUCCCAACGUGAGCGAUUUGGACGUGAACAAUUUUAACGGUCGCCAACAGCAGCAGCAGCAGCAUCCUCAGUUGCUUCUGCGAGAAAAUCUACCCAAUGGGCAAAAGGUGAGGAACCACCACCAUCAUCAUCAUCAGCACCAACAAGGUAAUCAGCAGCAGCUGCAACAACAACACACAGGAGCCACGCACAAUUCAAAUCACAGAGGAGCGUACGUGACGGCAUCCGAGAACGAACCACUGCUCGGAACCGCUACCGCGAACGGUGGUGGCAGCGUGAUUGGCAAUGCUAUUAUCAAACCGAUUCAACAAAUUCAGCAAAUUCCAAAGUACGAACCACCGCGCUAUGCCACAAGUUCCUCAGUGUUUCCGCAUGCCGUCUCUGGUCAGAGUUGCUAUGGCUAUGUAGUAGCGCACGCUGUACACUCCUCGGUUCAGGCAUCCCAAUCAUCUCCACCAGUAGUGCGACAUCAGUCACAACAGCCAUACCAUCAUCAAUAUCUUCAACAACAGCAGCAACAGCAGCAACAGCAGCAGCAACAACAACAACAACAACAACAAGAACAACAACAAGAACAACAACAACAACAACAACAACAACAACAGCAGCAGCAACGGCAAGUAGCUCCUGGUUUGCCCAAGCAAUACAUCAAACCGCUGCCAAAGCUUCCAUCAGCGGCAGCCACGUCUUCCGCCAUGUUCGAUGAAUGCCGUGAAAUGUCGUCCACGGACGACCUGAGUUCGCGCCCACGUUCGCCUUCGGUUAGUUCAUCGGACGAGAGCUACUCAAAGACCACCGAAGGGGAGGGUGAGUUCGAGGGUGAUGGUGGCACUUCUUCACCUGUUACUGCCUCGGGUGGAGCACUGUUUGCCCGGGGUGACGUAAACAAUCCGCUCCAGUUCCUGUUUCCCUGCGACAUCCAGGUUGAUCCGACCCAGUCUCACUCGCCGCUGCUCAGUCCACUCGAGUUCGGCCAGUUGCGAGACCUCGAGGGAACGACCACGACGACCGCUGAAACCAAAUCCUCGUCUGCGCAGAACCGUGGUGAGUCGUGCACUAGCUUCGAGUAUCAUGAGAAGGGUGUAACCGGGGCAGCCGGUGGGGCAUCCUCCAAUGUGACUGCCGGUCCGGGAGCUUUCCCGAAAUCGCCCUUCGAGCGGGAACUGCACCGUCGUAUGAACGAAUCCCAGUCGCGGCCGAUGUUAGCCCAAUCCGUCAUCGCUCCGCCAGUUGGAUCGACACCUACGAACCUACCGCCAGCGAUCAUUGGAUCGGGAACUAACAAUCUUUCUACUGCUGGGCCUUGGGGUGGCCAUCAUACGCAUCACAGUUUAGAGUGUGCUGGCGGAGCUUUCGAGAGACACGGGGACUCACUGGAAAGGCAGAAAAACGUCAACAAUAUCCUCAUCGCCACGCAUCCGGGAACGCUGGAAGCGAUCAAGGAGGCAACGCGUAAUAAGAACCCUUCGGAAUCCAGCCAAAUGCAAACUUCCGAUACGGAAUCUUGCGAGGUCAUCCACGACUACGAAAUCAAUGGGCUCAACCGACUGAGCGAGUUGCAGUCCCGGCUACAGCAACAGCAGCCAAUACCGCUUCAACAGCACCAAAUAUCUCAACAGCAGCGCCACUACCACCAGAAGUACAAUGUUUCGAAUAUGUCACAACCUACCGAUAACACCGUCUCACAUCCUGAUGUGGCCAAUGCAGAUGAGCUUCGACAUACGGGCGAGAAAACAGGUUACCGGCACCGUGACCGCGAAACCGAUCCGGACGAUGAUGAGGACGAGGAGGAGGACGAAGAACUCGAGGCGGGCGAUGAAGACUACGACGAUGAUGACGACGAGGAUGACGACGAUGAUGACGAGGAGGCAUUCGCUGAUUGUAACAGGACGGGACGUGGGCAACGGCAGCAACGGGCUGCUAUCCGGCAGCGUCCGCUGGAGCGCAGGGAGCGUCGAGCUAGCAGCUCGGAAGCUACUGGCGGCGGUGGUCCGGCAGCAUCACGCAACUACAUCACAGAUGAGCUCAAGUACGGUUCCGGGCAUGGUAAAGGUGGCGUAGACGCGCGCGAUAACAGUCACAGUUCACACCACAAUCAUCAGUCGCUCGACUCGAAUCCGGUCGAGAGCCAAUCGGAGUGGAGCGACGAUGAAUGCCGUGAGGAAGCAACCGGUGGUGCUGAAAGUACCGGCUACAUUACCGAUGAACCAGGGCUAGAGAACAUCUCUCUGCUGAACGAAGCCGGGUUGACCGAUGCCGAGGGGGCUCUAUCGGACGUUAACUCCCUGUACAAUGCGCCUGACGUAGAUGAUACGUCCAUCUCGUCGCGUGCCAGCAGCCGUCUGCUAAGUCUCGACUCGCUGAGUGGACUCUACGACUGUGAUCUAGAUUCGAAGCACGAGUUGGCGAUCGUAAGUGCGUCGCACAAAAUCACCAGCAAAUUCGGCCCGAUCGGAUGAGAACUACGAGGCGGCGCAACCACUACGGGCUCGCAGCGUUCGAUAGUGGCACCGCCGCCUUCGACUACACCGCCUCCACCAUCACUACCGUCAUACUCAUCACAGCCAACGCCACCUACGACACCACCGCUACCAGCGUCAACUCCACCACCGUCGCCGAGCCAGGCGGGCUACCUCAUCCAGCAGGCGGGCUGAACAUCGUAUACUCCACAUUUUCCGUGAAUCUCGUACAGAAGAUAUUUGUCGCAUAUUAUUGGCAGCAACGAUUUUGACCCCUCCAGUGUUAAGUGAGGGGUUGUUUUCUUUUGGAUUUUGCGCAGGCGCUAAUUUAUUAGUUUUAGGUGUGUUGAACGGUUUCGGUUUCAACUGCAUGUGGCAUGCAAAUUAGUAAUAUAAGUAGUUUCAUCGUAUGCAACACCUUGUUUCCUUUCGAGGCGACAACUGCUUGUAGUAGCCUCGUUCCUCUUGCAUCAAAUCUAACCACACAAUUUGUGGCACAAAUUGUAAUGUGCGGUGCUACAGUGUUUCCAUUGUAUCUUAAGGUUCUCAUCCCCAAAUGGUAUCAUUGGUACCCACUGCUGUUAUCAUCUCGCGCUGCUUCAAAAGCGAAUCAAUAGUUUGUUUGUUUGUUUGCGGCAUGAUAAAAAACCUGUUUCUACUUGAUUGUAUUAAUAUUAUAAAGUUGGGUCCUAGCAUUUAUGGUGCUCAUGUCGGGGGAAAGGUAGCAAUGCUCCGUUGACCCUCGGCUCUCUACUGAAUAUGAUAAUCGAUGAUUGGUUCGCUUUCCGGGCUAUUUGUAUCCGUUUUGUUCGUGGUGUGUGUGUGCCAUAGCUGAUAUGGUUUAGCGUACUCCCGUGGGUGCUCGUAGUAGUUAAGUAUUGCAGCUCGUCUUGAUUUGGUACCGGUUGUUGUACCGGGCACCAGGCUGGUUUCUAUUCAGAGCAUUUGUCUAAAUUCGGUGUCCAGUGUGCAUACAUUCUAGGAUACCCUUCACACAAUAGCCACCCUCGUUCUCUCUCCUCUCAACAGCAGUUAUAGACGUCGUUACUCGAUCGCGACUCUUGCCACAGUUGUAUUCGAGAAGUUUUGAUGUCAAUGGACCAAUAGCUUUUGUAUAAUUCUACUCAUUCUCAGUGUUUCAUUCUCCCUUUUAAUCAGCAUCCUUCAAUUGCACAUUGAUGAAGCAAGUCGUUUAAAUAGAGAAGACUUUCAAGGCGCUACACUACAACAGUAAAUCUUAACCAGCGUAACGAGUAGAAUUGUACAGUAGCAAAAACCGAAAGGAACGACGAGCAAAGGAUGUGAUAUUUAAGAAUCAACCAAUCGAUUGUGAAAAGCGUCUACGUCGUCUUUUCUAAAGAUCCAGUGUGUGUGUGUGAGAGAGAGAGAGAGAGAGAGAGAGAGAGAGAGAAAGAGAGAAAAAGAAAGAGCGAGAGAGAGAGAGAGAGAGAGAGAGAGAGAGAGAAAGACAGAGAGAACGGAUUGCUGCUAAGGCAUUUAAAGAGGAAAGGUAUCCGAAUCUCAACAGUCUAGUAAUCCGGUUAGUGGAUAUUCGCUAUGUGAAGGUUUGCUACUAUUGGGGAGGUGCUUGCUGCACUGGGCUCCCAAAAAUUUUUGCUUAUUUGCUCUUUCAUCCCAAAAGAGGCAACACUUGAGUCAUGUGAUAGCAGACCUAGCGCUCCAUUGUUGUGAAGUUUUCAACAAGCAAGCCAAUCUGAAUCCCGAGGUGGUCGUAAUCGAUACUGAGAAUUUUAUUUAAGCCGUUAGCAAUCACUGGUAUUAAUUGAAGUUAUCUGAAAUGCCGAAGAAAUUUUGCUUAAAGCAUUCAAUAAACCGCAUCCAAGAAGCCAUAGUAUGUUGGAUUUCGCAUCGAAUUUGUGAUGAUCGAAUGGGAAGCCAGUAAAGCAUGCAUACGGAUGGAAUAUGAGAGUGAUACGGAUAGGGGAUAGUUGGUGGUAGCGAGUAGGAUUUUGGUUACACACAUGAUUGGUGCAAAGAUCUGAUUCUAACAGUGGAAAAAUGUGCUACGAUGACGAGUGGCAAAUGCAGUCGAAUAGAAAGAGUGCAAAAACAUGAUAGAAAAAAAGAGAAAGAGAGAUGGGAGGGGCAAUAGUUUGAUGGGUGUUAUUUGAUAAAGUUAAAUCUAACCCUAAGCAAAGAACACAGACUCUUCAUUAUUGAUACCAAACAUAUGUAGGCUUUUAAAAGAAAAGCAGAAUUGAAGUAAACAUAAGAUGAACAUACUAUCUAUAACUGUAACGUGUCUUUGCUGACUUAAACUAUCAUACCUACCAUUUACUACCGGGGAUGCAACUCCCCGCAUAUCUUUGACAUAUAUUAUAUGGCAGGGUACACCAGGGCAGGGCAGAAUUACAAAUGUUUGUACCACGCAGCUAAACAAAUGAAGCUUGCAGUAACGAGGAGAUCUAUAUUUUUUUGACUACACGUUUGAAGUAGCCGUGGGUGCUGCUUCGUAAUGAUAUCGAAAGGUAGUAGAUGACUG